UUUUUUCUGACUCCUGGCUAUCGGGGCUUUUGAGCCUCCAAAUCAAGUCACCUAUAAGGAGCCCUCAUGGGGAUGGGUCAUCCCCUGACCUCUUCCCAGUUCCCUUCAAAUGGGGAGUUCCGAGUUCUAACUCGUAAUCGCAGGAUGCACCUCCGCUUCAUCUCUUCUCCAAAACCUCCGUUAAACCCCAUAACUCUCGCAGCAUCCCAUUCUUUCUUCUCCACAUUCUCCCACCAGGGCCAAACCGACCUCCCAAACCACCUCAAUAUCAGCUUUGAAAACCAUGAUAACAUCGAUCAAACCCCAACCAAUCAAUCGUACUGGACCAAGCACAUUCACAAGCUCUGCACCGUUGACCGGGACGUCGAUUCUGCUUUUCACCUUCUUAGUCACAUUUGCCUUCGCGGGUACCGUCUCAAUGCGCUUAACGUUAGCAGCAUUAUCCACGCUUUCUGCGACGCCAACCGCUACGCCCAAGCUCACCACCAGCUUCUUCUCUUCAUCACCUCCCAACCCGACCUCUUGGACGAGCGAACAUGUAAUGUCCUCAUUGCCCGUUUGCUCCACGCUGCUACCCCGCAUGCCACGUUGGUUGUGAUUCAUCAUUUGAUCAAUGCCAACCCAAAUUUUGUUCCUUCCUUGAUGAAUUAUAACCGUUUGAUUCAUCAGGUUUGCAGACUGUUGAAGCCGUCGGAAGCCCAUCAGCUAUUUUGGGACAUGAGGAAGAGAGGGCAUUUCCCCAGUGUGGUUUCCUACACCAGCUUGAUUGGCGGGUACUGUAAAAUUGGAGACAUUGAUGUUGCGAAUAAACUGUUUGAUGAAAUGCGCGAAGCAGGAGUCCUGCCUAAUACUAUGACUUACAGUGUUCUGAUUGAAGGGGUUUUCCGGAAACGUGAUGUGGAAAGGGGGAACAUGUUGAUGGGGAAGCUUUGGGAGGUUAUGGGAAAUGAGGAGGAUAAGCUUGUUAACAAUGCAGCCUUCGGGAAUGUGAUCAAUUCGUUAUGUAAAGAAGGGUUGUUUCAUGAGGUGUUUAAGAUAGCUGAGGAUAUGCCUCAGGCGAAGGGUGUGCUGGAGGAGUUUGCAUAUAGCCAAAUGAUUGAGUCACUUUGCAAAUAUGGGAGGUUCAACGGAGCUGCUAGGAUUGUUUACAUGAUGCAAAAGAGAGGCUUUACGCCAGGAUUCCUUUCUUAUAAUUCGAUUUUACAUGGCCUUUGCUUGGAGGGUGACUGUUUUAGGGCGUAUCAGUUGUUGGAAGAAGGUAUUAACUUUGGAUACGGGCCCUCGGAGUUUACUUAUAAGCACUUGGUAGAGGGUCUUUGUCGUGAAUGCGAUCUUGUUAAAGCCAAGGAAGUACUCAAUAUUAUGUUGAGCAAUAAGGAAGGGAAGCAGAAGACCAGGAUUUUCAAUAUUUACCUGAGAGCUGUCUGUGCUAUGCAUAAUCCAACUGAACUUUUGAAUGGACUUGUUUCAAUGCUGCAAGAGCAGUGUCAGCCUGAUGUAAUUACCCUCAAUACUGUUGUGAACGGUUUGUGCAAAACAGGGAGAGUUGCUGAGGCAUCUAAAGUAUUGAAAGAUAUGAUGGCCGGGAAGUUUUGUGCUCCAGAUGUUAUUACCUUCACAACCAUUAUUUCCGGUCUGUUAGAAGUAGGAAACGUUCAAGAAGCUCUUCAUCUGUUCCGAAGUGAGAUGCCUGGCAAUGGUGUUAGACCUGUUGUUUUGACCUAUAAUGCGCUUAUUCGUGGGUUGUUUAAUCUAGGCCGGGUAGAUGAGGCGAUGGAGAUUUUUAAUAGCAUGGUAGCUGGUGGAGCUGUUGCUGAUUGUACAACUUACACUGUAAUUAUUCAGGGAUUUUUCAACUCUGAGCGAACAGAGGAUGCUAAGAGAUUCUGGGAUGAAAUUGUUUGGCCCUCGAAAGUCCAUGACAAUUAUGUAUAUUCAGCCAUACUUAGAGGGCUUUGCGACUCUGGCAAAUUUGAUGAGGCUUGUGAUUUCCUUUAUGAAUUGGUUGACUGCGGGGCUGUACUCAAUCAUGUGAACUACAAUAUCCUCAUUGAUUAUGCUUGCAAAUUAGGCUUGAAGAAAGGAGCCUAUCAGAUUUUGGGGGAGAUGAGAAAGAAUGGGGUAGCUCCAGAUCCCGUAACAUGGAGACUUCUUGAUAAGUUGCAUAGCAAUGGGAGAAAUCAGUAUGGCGAGGAUUCCACUACGGAUUACAGAGACCAUGUUCCAGAGUUUAAUAGCUGAAAAUUUGAACUUGGAGGAUGAAUGAUGUCCUUGUGGGUGUAAAUAAGCGGAAAGGAACAAGUACUAACCAAUGAGCAGACGGUUUUGGAGAUUCAUACUGGAAUCCAAGCUAAAAUUUCGGGCAUUUUGCUCAAUGGGGAAAUAAAGAAGGGAUCCCAAAAAUUAACAUUGUCAAUGGCCUUGAUGGAUUUAAAAGUUGUCCCUGGAUUACUUGUUACUGUAGUAAACAGAACCUCAGAACUGUAACAGCCUCCCUAGCAGUUUUACAGGAGGAUCAUGCGUAUACCCCUGGGAAUAAGCUUUAUUUGACAAGGAAGGCGUAAAAUACAUCUUCUGAAGCUGAGAUUAGGCAGGGAAAAAUAAGUGAUCCUGGAUCUCAACUUUUUUGAAUGGAGUACAAUUCCUGCAUAGAAGUUUCACUUAUCAGAACAAUGCAAUCUUUGGUCAGAAGCAAAGAAGCAAAAAGUAAAAUGGUUGCCGGCCAUGAAGUCGGGAAAUUGAUAAUGAAACGGCAGUAGUACGUCAUCAGAGUUCAUGCACGCUGUAAAAGGGUGCAAGAGCCGUCCUACCAACUGCUUAUCAACUUUUCUGAAGUAAAUUUUCUUUAAAAAUUGUCCGACUUUGGAAUAUACUUUUCAGUAUCAGAAUAUCAACAAUUGACUAUUAUACGAGGAAUAUUAUGUGAAUACCAAUCAAAGGGGGAUGCAUUAUACAAAUCAAGGUGGAUAUUCAUUUUGUAUUACUCCUUCCA